CUUCUUCUUCCCGGGCCCGCUCUCUGCAGUUGGAAGCGCAAUCAAGCUCAGUGGAAGAAGCUCGGUGAAGCCUCAAUGGUGCGCCUGCACGUUAAAUACGGCGAGGGCGAUGGCGAGGAGGAAUUCCUUUACGACAGUCAGAGCUCUGCGCAAAUCGAAGGAGUCCUCCGGGAGAUUCUACAGAUUGCCAACCUUCAGCUGAAGAUUGAUCGCCUCGCUCUUGAGCUCGAGCCUCAACUCGCUCCUUUGUACGGCGACCAGAAAGCCGUUGGUUUGAUCAGAGCAUUAUCAGAAGCCAAAGCUUAUGCGUCAAAGGACCAGGUUUUACAUGGGAAACCGCUACUGUAUCACGCGUUGAAAGAUCAUUUUCAAGUCCUGGAGAAGGAACUCAAUUCGAGCUAUCAAUUGCUGGGUUUCUCUGAUUCUGAACAGCUUCAGAAGCUUUCAGCAAGUGUUGAACAAUAUGAAAUUGGUAACACUCACCUACAUUGGGCUGGGAAAGAGCUACUGAGGGACAAGCAAUUAUGUUAUUAUAUCGGCAAGAACAAGAAAACCAAGAUCACAGUGAGAGUACAAUCAGACGGGUUAUUUUCUGCUUAAAUAUCGGCAGUCCCAUGAAACUGGAAAUGGAUCACCGAAGCUCGUGAAACCACAAGAUUUUCCAUGUUCAUCUUUUCUACUAUAAUGGUGGGGCUUGAUUGUAUAGACUACAGAGGAAGAAUGUGUGUCUAAGAUGCAUAUAAAAAUGUUUAAAUCUGCAACAGUGAUCAUGCAAUGGCUUGUCACCCUUUUUUGUGGGGAACGCGGAUUAAUCCUGUUUUUCUAUGUUUUAUUGCAAUUGUGUGCUGUAUGUCACCAAUUUUUCUUC